GACCACCUCUCAAGAUACCCAUCGCACACUUCACAAUGGCAGAUACAACGAACGAUACAGCUGCAGCUGCAGACCCUCAACCUCCGGUUGUCACAUUCAAGAAGCGCGGCGCAAAGGCGAGUCAGAACAUCCGCAAAAGGCCCGCGGCGCCCGCGAUAUCGCACGACGACGAUUCCUCCGACUUUUCCUCCUCCGAAGACGAGUCGGGCCACAGGAUAAAGCGCAGGAAGAACAAGGGUGCUGGAAUAGUCUCCGCUUCAUCUGCGAAUACCAAGUCGGUCAAUCGAGAACCGGCAGCCACCGCCGCGAGUGACAGCAAGGUCCAGAUUGCUGACACAAACGACGCCACCAAACAUGUCGACUGGUUCGACGAGGGUGUGAAGGAUGCGCGAUCAACGAAACCUCAAGCUGCUUCGGAUGAUCCGCAAAUGCCCGAUGGCACUUACAAGGGUCUUGCCAAUCAGACCUCUUUCAUCAAGAAGAAUCCGAAUGCGCCGAACAGGUCAUUUGGGCCGAUCAAGGCGGCGACUAAUAUCCGCACCAUUACGGUGACAGAUUACUCGCCAGAUGUCUGCAAGGACUACAAGCAGACUGGGUUUUGUGGUUUUGGUGAUAAUUGUAAAUUCCUUCACGACCGAAGCGACUACAAGCAGGGAUGGGAGCUCGAUCGAGAGUGGGAAAACGUUACAAAAGGCAAACAACUGAAGGGAACGGUGGUGGCGAGUGCCGACCGUACUAAGACGGAGAACAAGGACGAUGACGAGGAGUCUAUGCUGGAGGAUAUACCAUUUGCCUGUUUCAUUUGCAAGGGACCAUACAGGGAACCUAUUGUUACAAAAUGCGGCCACUACUUCUGCGAGAAAUGUGCGCUGCAACGGUAUAGAAAGGAUCCUACCUGCGCGGCUUGUGGAUCGGCAACGAACGGCUUGUUCAGUACAGCCAAGAGGCUGAAAAAGCUUUUGGACAGAAAGAGGGAGCUAGCGGCUAAGAGAAGACAGGAAGCUAUUGAAGCUGGCGAGGAAGUGAGCGACGAGGAAGACGAAGACGAAGAAUGAGAUGCUUGUAUAUAACGGCAGCAGUACGGAGAAACUAGGAGAUAGAUACCGCUCUAUGAGCACUCGGUCAUACAAGGAUUAUUAUCAUGCAUG